AUGAAGAGCGCUGGCAUUGAAGGGUUCGCGAUGAAGGGCGCUGGCAGUGAAAUCGUCAAUGGACCAUUUGGCAAUGAACUUCGACCACGAGGACCAAUUUGUGCAGAAGCUUCUGCGCUGGAUGCAGACUUCGUAGCAACAAAGACAGCCUCUCGCAGACAUCUGAUCUUUAUAAUAAUAGUCGUUAACCCUUUGCUAUGCUACUCUAGGAUGCUGGUAUCCCCGGCUCUGAACUUUGUAUUCUGUUACUCGCUUUCAAUAUAA